AUGUAUAUUAAAAAUAAUAAAAUUUCAUUGUUUUAUAUUCUGUUAAUUUUAAUUUUUAAUAUAAUUUUGAGUGAAAACAAGUUAAUAUUUGAUUGUAUAACAAAAAGCACCAAAUAUUUAAGUUACAAUUCUAUGAAUAAAGUAUAUUACACUAGUAAUAAUAUAAUACCAAUAAAAAUUUUUAAUAGAUUUAAAUACAAGUAUACUCAUAAAGAUAAUAUAAAAAAAAAAAUUUCAAAUGAAAAUGAAGUUUAUCUAUCAAAAGUAAGAUAUCAUGAAAGCUAUAAUAGAAGAGGAAUGUUCAAGUAUUUAAGAUCAGAUGCAAAAAAAUAUAGAAUUAUAAAUCAUGUAAAUAAAAGAAAUAUAUUUUUAUUAGAUAAAGUUAAAAUUUUAUUAAAUAAUAAAUAUGCAAAUAACCUUAAAUACUACAUGACAAAAAUUGAUCAUUUUACGAUAGAUAAAAUUUCAAAUAAUAUUAUAAAUAAUAGGAAUAUAUUUUUAAAGAAAAUUAAUAGAAAUGGAAAUAAAAAGAAAGAAUAUCAUUUGCUGGCAUUGUCUAAUGGUUUUAUAAAUGAAAAUUCAAUUAUUAGUGAUAAUAACGAUAAAUGUGAUAAUAUAUAUAAUAUAAAAGAACAAAAUAGUAUAUCUGUUAACAAAAAUAAUAUAUGUAUUCAGGAAAAUGAUAUAAAUGAAAAUUCCUUAAAAGAAAAUAAAAAAAAAAAAAAAAGAAUAUUAUCUGAAGAAUCUAAAAAAAAUAUGAGAGAAAAACUUAAAUCAAUUAUGAGAGAAAAAUGGAAAAAUUCAGAGUUUAGAAAAAAAAUGAUAAAUUCUUUUAGAAAAAGAGGAAUUGAACAUAAUAAAAAAAUUUCUGAAGCAGUAAAAAAUAAGUGGAAAUAUGAUGAAAAUUAUAAAUUAAAAACAUUGGAAGGGCAGCGAAAAUAUUUUAUGAGAAGAAAAAAUGCUAAUGUAAGAUCAACUUCAGAAGAUACAAAGAAUAAAAUAUCAAAGGCUAUGAAGCAAUAUUGGCAAAAUAAAAAUAAAUACAAAAAGAGUGAAUUAAAUAAUUUACAGUCUAUAAUAAAAAAAAAAAAAAAACAUAAAAAAGUAUGGGAAAAUAUUUAUUCGAUUAUAUUAAAUCAAAAAUCAGAUGACUUCAAUAAUUAUCAUACUUUUCAUAAUUUAUCGGUUAAUUUACAGGCUGCUCUUAAUUGA